UGACCCGCUGUCAAUUAUUAACUCACAGAGUUAAAUUUAGAGGCAGAACUGAGACGCUCAGCGAAGUGAGAAGUAAAACACCUCAGAGAGAAGCAGAGAAACUCAGAGGCUUGUUUUCAUUUCAGUUUUAGUUCUGACUCAGAGACCUGGCCAGGUGCUCCAGCUCGCUUCAGGUUCCGGAUCCUUCUGGACCAGACAUGGAGCUGCUGCCCUCCCUGCUGGCUGGACUGAAGGCUGUGGAUCACAGGACUGUGGAGCAGGAGUUCAACGUGGUGCGUUCAGAGUCGCUAACAUUAAAAAGAGAACUGGGUUUGACCACCGAGACCGGAGCUCUGAAGGAGAACAUCAAGAAGAACCGAUACAAAGACAUCCUGCCAUACGACCAGUCUCGUGUGGUGUUAUCUCUUCCAACCGGAGACUCCAGCUCUGAUUACAUCAAUGCCAGCUUCAUCAAGGGGGCGUCAGGAGGCUGCAGGUACGUGGCCUGUCAGGGGCCCCUCAGCUCCACCGUCACAGACUUCUGGAGGAUGAUCUGGCAGCUGGAAGUCAAGGUGAUAGUCAUGGCCUGCAGGGAGAUUGAGAUGGGGAAGAGAAAGUGUGAGUGUUACUGGGCUGCAGCUCAGCAGUCGGCUGCAUUCGGACCGUUUACAGUCGGCAACGGGGAGUCUCGACCCAACGAGGACGUGGUUGUCAGAAGCCUCACCGUCUCCUUCCAACAGGAAACCCGCUCAGUGGUUCAGUACCAGUUCCUGUCUUGGCCGGAUCAUGACGUCCCCUAUGAGACUGGAGGAGUUCUGGACCUGCUAGAACGAGCCAGAACCAGCCAAGGAGUUCACUCCUCACCUCUAAUGAUACACUGCAGCGCAGGCUGUGGAAGGACAGGAGUCAUCUGUGCUCUCGACUACAUCCAUGACCUACUGGUUACCAAGCAUAUCACAGCAGGUUUCAGCAUCCUGAAGAUCGUCCUGGAGCUCCGGAGGCAGAGACCAUCAGCAGUUCAGACCAAAGAUCAGUAUCAGUUCAUCUUCACCGCCAUCAUCAGCAUGUUGGAGCGUUUCCUGCAGGAGUCCGACCAGCAGCUCUACUCCAACCUGCCGGAGCUAAAGAAACCAGAGAAGAAAACUACAAGACCUGCUUCCUCUGUCACCAGAUCGUCGCAGCAGCUGAACAUGAACGAUACGUACGCUGUGGUUAACAAGCCCAAACAGCCUCACCUGUCAGCGCCGGGUGGUGGCAGCAGGACCUUUCCCGCCACUCAUCACUAUGACAACGACCCCACUGGAGCACCGGCAGCGCCCAUCUACAGCACCGUCAAACCCCGAGCUAAGCAGCUCAGCCAAUCGCUGUCGGCUUCGCCCAUCUAUGACUUAGCAGCACCAACCAAUCACAAGCCAACAGAAGGGGCGGACCUUCUGACAGCAGCAGCAGCAGCAGAUGAUGAUGAUGAUUACGAAGAUAUCUCCUCUUCUGUGCCUGACACGACGAGUUUCUGUUCACCUGGUGGCAUCGGGUUUAACUGUCGCGUUCGGAAGCCCAGAGGACCCAGAGAUCCUCCAGCUGAGUGGAGCCGACUGGAGAGGUGAACUGGUUUACUGUGGACCAUCGGACCGGACUGAACCAAACUGAAGUCCACAGUCAGAAAAGCUCAGAUUCCAUGUUUGAUGUUUUAUUCAGUUAGUCCAGCAACUCUCUGAUCUGAUCCAUUCCUGAAAAGUUCACUUUACUAAAACUGGAUUAGAGGAUAUGUGAGAAAAAUCUGCCAGACUUUAAUAAUUUCUGAAGCUGUUUAGUAAUUUUUAGCAUGCUGAUAUCUGCAGUGCUUCGUUUAUAAAACAACAACAACACAGCUGCUUUUUUCCAACACGAGUUCAUCUUGUUCUGUUCGCUGAAUCAUCUUCUUCAUCACUUAUUUCCUCCAUUAGCAUUAAACUGGAAUUCCUCACAAUCAGAGGCUAAAUUCAGAAAAUUAUAAUUUCAGUCAGUCAGUCUGAAAUUAGUCACAUUAGUUCAUUUCUGUUAAUGUGAUGAAAAAACAUCCAGAAAGUAUUUAUCAUGAAAAAUGUCCUAAAAGUGUUUUUAAGACCUGGAGAAAAAGGAAAAUAGAAAAUCAGCUGAGGAUUUUUAUUCAGCUCACAAAUCAAAAAUGUGGCAGAAAAUUAUUUCAACAGUUAAAAUUUUCUGUUUUGUAAAACAACUAAUUAAAUAAAACUGCUUUAAUUGAUAGGAAAUAAUUUUCAGAACAAGUAGUUUCUAAAACAAAAACCGGUAAAAGCCCAACUAUGCACACGAGUCUGGAGCUGAAGCACCAACAAAGUGGGAAAGUUGUGCCUGGAAACAUACAGCUGGACCAACGUCGGGACUCAAAACAGCUGGACUGAAAAUAGAAAAUGAUCAGUAAAUGAGAUGAAAACCAAACUGACCAAAGCAGAAAUCUACGUUUCUGAGCAAACUGGAAGACACUAGCUGAAUUGUUUGUUGGGACAGUUUCUUCUUAUAAUGAUUUUAAAGGAUCUUUUUUCCUCUCUCGCUGCCUUACAUGGCCUUCCGUUAAUUCACAAUAAAACAAAUUGAAAUACAAAAAUCUGAACCUGUUUUUACUUGAAAACUAAAACUGUGUUGAAACUCCAACUGUCUGAUAAAUGUUAAGCAAAUAUUUUCCUCAGAAAUGCUGUGAAUUAAUUAUGCACAGAAGCGAAAUGAAAUAUAUUUACUGGCUUCUUCUAAUUUAAUAAGUGCUGUGAUUUGUUAAUGGCCUUAAUACUGGACGUAUUGACACUGGAGAUUUUUUAUAAUUUCUAGGUUUGGUUUUUCUCUCUUUUAUCUGUUUUGUGUGUAUUUAUCGACCUGAGUCUGUUUCAUACAAAUUAAGCUGAAUUGUUAUGUAAAAAUAUCUAAAGUGGAUU